CAGCAUUUCUUCCCUGCAUGCUCGUCACCAAUAGCGCGUUCACGACAGCCUCUUUGCUGCGUAAUUUGCGCGCCGCUCUCAGUUGUGAUAUAGGGUAAAUCUAGCUACCUUUCACAGGCUCAGCGAGGAUACAUGUUCCGAUUUCAGUCUCUGGAUGAAGAUUGUACCCUGGAGGAGGAAGAGGAAGGGCAGGUAGAGGGGGACAAUGACAUCGACCAGUUCAAUGAUGACACAUUCGGAGCCGGUGCUGUUGAUGAUGACUGGCAGGAGGAGCAUGCUCGCCUGGCGCAGCUAGACGAGGGGGUGCGGGAUUUGCUGGCUGAGGGCGAUGUGUCUAGUGCCUCACUACCACCUCCGGCGGGGAGUGUUCCGCACCCCUCCUCUUUGCCCCGUCCCUCCGCUUCCACACUGCCUCCCCCCGGCCUGGAAGAGCGGGGUGGUGGGGAUCUGGCUGAAUCCUUGACUCGUCUACUCCUGGGGUCAGAUCCUGCCAUUGCUGGAGUGGGCGCUGCAGAAUCAGACCGAUCAUGCUUCCCAUCCAUGUCUCACGCCCAGGGUCUUUCCGCUUCGCUCCAGGCUUCGCUGCUGAGCUACCAGCAACACCAACACAUCCUGCACAGAGGGCCACCACCCUUGCCACAGAUGAAUUCUCACAGUAUAUGGGAGAACAGCAUGGGAUUUGGACCUGUGAGUAUUUCUCCUGGACUGGUCACUCACAUGGAGGACAGCCCACUGAUGUCCAUCAUUAAGGAGGUGGGGCUACCAAAGAGACCCCCUACAAUGAGGGCUGAAGAUUGUUUAGACCUAUCAGAGAGGGUGCCACCACCCCGCUCCUCUUCACCGAUCAUUGGUAGCCCUCCUGUGAGGGCGGUGCCCAUCGGAACCCCUCCCAAACAGCCACUAAGUCAUGCCUUCAACCAGCAGAUCCAUUGCCCUACUGCGGUUCAUGUACAAGCUCCAGUCCAGCACCGCUACCCCCCUCCCUUCCCUGAGCGCCUCUCUCCUAACACCCUUCUCAACAUCGCUGUGAGUUGCCCCGGAGGGAACUCUCCUCUGUGUCGGCCUCCAUUUCCUGCUGGGGUGGGACCGAUUCUCUCUCAGAUCCAGCGGGCCCAACUGCUCAACUCUCAGAUGGGCCCAUUUCCUCGAGGUGGCCCUGGUCCCCCGCCCAUGUUGCCAGGUGGGAGUGUGGGUUUUCGACCUUUUUUCAGCCAGCCUCCUCCCAGAUUGGGACCACACCCUGCCCCUCCUAACCACAACCCCAUCCGGCACAACACUACACACCUCCACCCUCAGCAUCGUAGGAUGCUUACGCAGAGGAUGCAGAGCCGGGGUGACCGUGGUGGCAGAGGAGGGGAUCGGCGCAGCAGGGACCCCUACAGUAACCUGAUGACUCAGAAGGAGAAGGACUGGGUGGCGCGCAUCCAGAUGAUGCAGCUCCAGAGCACUGAUCCUUACCUGGAUGACUACUACUAUCAGAACUAUUAUGAGAAGAUGGAGAAGCGUUUGGAGAGAGACAAAGACAGUAUCAGGAAGGAGCCCACCACCAAACUUAUCACCCCUCAGGUGGCCAAAUUUGAGCAGACGUACCGCCCAGUUCAGUUUGCUGGCUCCCUUGGAAAGCUCACCGUCUCAAGUGUGAAUAAUCCCAGGAAGAUGAUUGAUGCAGUGGUGACAACUCGCACUGAUGAUGAGGAGAAGAGGGAAAAGCAGGUGUGGAACAAGAGACGGCAGAUUCUCUACACUGUGGAAAAGGUGUACAGUCUGUUGCUGGAAGUCCAGGACUUUGAAAAGAAAUUCCUGCAAACGCCCGAGGAGCAGAGAGAGGCCCUGUUGGACCAGCACAAGACCCACACACUGCAGCUUUACAACUCCCUCAAAGAAAAGGAGUGGGACGACAGAGUGAGUGAUGAACAGUGCCUCAUGAUCAUGUCAGUGAGAAAGGGGAAACGCCUCAUGUCCAGGCUCCUCCCCUUCCUGCCCCCACCACAGGCUGCUGCUGUUCUCAUGGGCAUUGCUCGAAAUCUGCCAGGCCUGGCAAAGAAAGACAAGCAGGAUCAGGUCCUUUGCUGGUUGGUUGAGCCAGUUGCUAUAGUAAUCCAGUCCAUGUCCAGUUCCGCCCUCACAGACCUCCUGCAAGAGUUGCAAGGCAGUGAGGGUCAGCUCCCCAGAGUACUGCAAAAUAAGUUUGGUGUGACACUGCUCUACCUAAUUUUGAGUGAAGGCGAGAGAAUGCAGAGCUCGGAUCCCAAUUGUCAACUAAUGGAUGAUAACCGAUGGACAGAGUUGGUAUUCUCUGUGACCCGAGAGCUGUUGAAAGUCCCCUCCUCAUCGCUCUCCCCUCCUCUCUUCACGCCUCCCAACCUUCUCUCUCUCUUCUCUCGCUACGUAGACCGCCAGAGGCUGGAGCUGUUACAGGAGAAAUUACAGAUCACUGCAUUAUCCAGGUAGAAAUGACUUUGGACGUCAAGAAUCCUUUAUUCAGAGGCUGACUGUUAGUGUCCAAGUGUUCAUGUGUGAAUGAAUGCGUUGAGUGGCAAGGGAGGGAUUAGAGUUGAUUUUAAUCCAAAAAAAACUAUUGUCACUUUUUUUUCUUUUCUUUGUGUUAACAUAGGUGUGUCAGAAUGUAUGUAUGUAUGUGUGAGUGAGCGUACAUGAAGGUUGAGUGAUGAAGUGGAAUCAGCAUUUUUAAAUCUUGUUAACAUUGAUGCCUGUGACAAAAACAUAAAAAUUAAAAACUAUUUCUAUUGUUUAAAA